CCAUAUUUUCAUAAUGAAAGAAACACAAGCCAUUAGUGUGACUCUUCUCAUGUCCUUUCUUGUUCUAGCGACCAGAGGAAAAGAUGUGAGAUAUAGAAGGCAAGAGGAAGAGAAUACCCAGAUUCUCGCAUAUCGACGAGUUAAUAAAACCAUUGAGAUGAAAGACGGAGACGUCUAUGACUGCAUUGAUGUGAAUGAGCAGCCGGCUUUUAACCACCCAUUGUUGAAAGACCACAAAAUCCAGAUGAAACCAAGUUAUUUCCCUGUUUGGACGGAUAUGGAAACAUUGCUUUCAGAUUCUUAUUCACAAGUCCAACCAUCAUCCAUCGAGUGCCCAACAGGAACAGUUCCAAUAAUGCGUACUAAUAUAAGUGGCUCCAUACCAACACACAGUAUUAACGGGUUGAGUAACGAUUGGCAGUGGGAGUCGGCGGGACUCAAAUAUACAGGUGAUGCAUAUGGGACACGUGCUAUAUUAAAUGUUUGGGAGCCAAAGGUGAAUAAGCGCAGCCAGGAUUAUAGUGCACUUUGGUUACAAAUGGAAAAUGGAGGAGCAUUACAGACUGAUAGGAUAGGCGCUGGUCUUCGGGUAUCUCCAUCAUUAAGUGGUGAUACUUUUGUUAGAUUACAUAUUGCUUGGUACGAUGGCUAUUCAAGGAAAUCAUGCGUUGAUUUCAGCUGUCCUGGAUUUGUGCAAGUCCACCGCCACAUUGGUCCUGGGUCAAGAAUAGAACGAACCUCUAUCUAUGGCGGACAACAGAGAAUAGUAGGCGUCCAAAUUUUCAAGGACCCGAUUUCGAAGUAUUGGUGGGUGAGUUACAAUAAAAUACCAAUUGGAUAUUGGCCGAGCGGAUUAUUCGAAUUCCUUAGAGACAAGGGUGCCAUUGCAUUCUGGGGCGGGGUGGUUGAGGGGCCGACUGCACAAUCAAACUCUCCGCAAAUGGGCAGCGGGCAUUUUGCUUCGGAAGGAUUCGGAAAAGCUGCGUACAUAAGCAACAUCGAGAUUGCAGAUGACAAGGCGAGGUUUGUGACCCCAGAUAGAUCCCGGAUGGAGCAUGGGUCGAGCGAUCUGUCCAAAUACACCACCGGUUUAUUUGAUAUUACUAGGGAUUUCGGUAUGCAUAUCUACUAUGGUGGACCGGGAUCCAAUAGGGCCUGAUGGAUGAUAUAUUAAUUUACAUGUAUAGACUCGACAAAGAUAAUAAUAUGGUCACCAUGAUGAAAUGAGUGAUCGCGCAACAUGUAUUAUUAUCCAGUUCCGUGCAUGAUGGUA